UGAGCAUUUAACAUUGACCAUCCCAAACCAAACCCGAUGAAUUACUUGGUUCGGCCUCUGUUCACUUCUGUGUUCUUCCACCACUUCGCCGCCUCCCAUUUCAACUCAACGCCAAAUCCCAGAGCCUCCCUGUUGACUUGCCGUUGGCUUCUCUCGCAUCUAUCCGACUCCCACAACUCUUCCACUUCUUCGCAUUCUAUCAGACACUCUGCACAUAAGGUUUGGGGUUGCAGAGAAGCUUAUAUGUGGAGUGUUCCUGCUUUGCAUGGCUUUAGACAUCAAAUUCAUCACCAGAGCAGCUCCGUAAUUGAGGAGCAACUCGACCCAUUUUCCCUUGUUGCUGAUGAACUAUCACUACUUGCUGACAGGCUGCGCUCCAUGGUAGUCGCUGAGGUCCCUAAGCUUGCCUCAGCUGCCGAGUAUUUCUUCAAAAUGGGAGUGGAAGGAAAGAGGUUUCGCCCCACGGUUUUAUUGUUAAUGGCAACAGCCUUGAAUGUGCAUGUACUUGAGCCGCUUCCUGAUGGGGCAGGAGAUGCUUUGAUGACUGAACUACGUACAAGACAACAAUGUAUAGCUGAGAUUACUGAGAUGAUCCAUGUGGCAAGCCUUCUUCACGAUGAUGUCUUGGAUGAUGCAGAUACAAGGCGUGGCAUUGGUUCAUUAAAUUUCGUAAUGGGAAAUAAGUUAGCUGUAUUAGCAGGAGAUUUUCUUCUCUCUCGAGCUUGUGUUGCCCUUGCUUCAUUGAAAAACACAGAGGUUGUAUCAUUGCUGGCCACAGUUGUCGAGCAUCUUGUUACUGGUGAAACAAUGCAAAUGACUACUUCAUCUGAGGAACGGUGUAGCAUGGAACAUUAUAUGCAAAAAACAUACUACAAGACUGCAUCAUUGAUAUCAAAUAGCUGCAAGGCAAUUGCGCUUCUUGCUGGUCAAUCAACAGAAGUUGCAAAGUUGGCUUUUGAGUAUGGAAAAAAUCUGGGACUGGCCUACCAAUUGAUAGAUGACGUUCUUGAUUUCACGGGCACAUCAGCUUCGCUUGGAAAGGGAUCUUUAUCUGACAUUCGGCUUGGAAUCAUAACGGCUCCUAUAUUGUUUGCAAUGGAAGAAUUCCCACAGUUGCGUGCUGUUGUGGAUCAGGGAUUUGAAAAUCCUUUGAACAUUGAUAUAGCCCUUGAAUACCUUGGGAAGAGUGGGGGCAUACAGAGGACGAGAGAGCUAGCCACGAACCAUGCAAACCUUGCUGCAGCGGCAAUUGACACUCUACCAGAAACCAGUGAUGAAGAAGUAAGAAAGGCAAGACGAGCACUUCUAGAUCUAACUCAAAGAGUAAUCACAAGAAACAAAUGAAAGAAUUUUUAGUUAAUAGUCAGCAACACACUGUACCAGAGCUUUUGGUUAAUCAAUUUGAUCAUUGUUAAUUUGUUCCCAUAAGGUGAGGGACUGUCUGACCUCUUGAUUUUUCUCAAUUUGUUUCCUUGGAAUCAAAAUUCAUUGUUGUACAAUCAUAAUAAUGAGCAAUAUCUUGUAAAUUAUUAGUA